AUGUUCUGCAGACCGCCCUCGGUUUCACCAGUGCUGGCAGUGUCUACGUCAGCGCCCGCCAUCAAAUCCUUCGACGUGGCAUCCGGCGCGUCCCUGGGCGACGUGGCAGCGCGCCACCCUGGCACGGUGACGGAUUUAGGGUUUGCAGAAGCGGCAUUCGGAGGGGCGGGGCCAGGAAAGGAGGUGCUUCUGUCGUCGUCCUCCGAAUCCGCUGUUUACGUUUGGGACGCGCGCGCUCGAUCGCAAGCGGGCGUCUUCCCCGCGCAUGGGGGGGCGGGCGAGCUGUGGAGCUGCAGCGGGGGAGGGGGGAGCACAGGUCACCUGCUGGCGGCAGGGGCGAACUCACAGGUGAGGCGCGCCCCUACUCCUCCUCGCCCCCCCCAUAAGUCCGCUCUUCACUUGGCGGGUGCGUUCCCCGCGCCGCGUAUGGGGGACCAGGCGAGCUGUGGAGCUGCAGAGGGGGGAACGCAGAGCACUUGUUGGCGGCAGGGGGCAACUCACAGGGCACCUGCUGGCGGCGGGAGGCAACUCCCAGGUGAGGCGUUGACUGGGGGAGGUGGCAUCUGGCAGACAGUUGGGACAAUCCUGCAGCGGGGGAGGGGGGUCUACAGGGCACCUGCUGGUGGGGGAGGUGGUAUCUGGCAGAUUCUCCUGUGGGACAUGCGCUCCACCCGGCUGUUGGGGCGACUUGAGGACGCUCACACAGAUGACGUCACUCAGGUUCGCUUCCACCCUCUCCACCGCACUGCACUCCUCUCAGCCGCGCUCGACGGCCUCAUCUGCCGCUUUGACCUCUCUCCACACCACGAGGCAUCACUCUCCGCCUCGGCAGUAACCACCCCCGCAGCGACAGCAGCAGCAGAGCGUUAUGCGGAUUCCGACCCGCUCCACACCCCCCUUUCCUGCUGUUUCCCUCCUGUGGCCGUCCUCCCCUCUUCUCCAUCCCUCCCUCCUCAACCCUCCUUCUCUUGCCCUAAGCAGGUGAUAAGUCCUGGCACAUCCAUCUCUCGCAUUGGCUUCUUUGGCCCGUCUGCCUCUGCUCUUUGGUGCCUCACCAGCGUUGAGACUCUCAGAAUAUCUGAAUUUUCCCAUUCCGCCUCCCCUUGCCCCACCUUCCUCUCCCCUACUCCUCCUCUCAAUUUCCCUCCAUCUCUUGUCCUCCUCAUCUCCUUUCCUCCCCUCCUCGCCCUCCUCCCCCUCCUCGUUCUCCUCCCCUCUUCCCUUCCACUCCUUCCCCCCCUCUCUCCCCCUCUCUCCCACUCUCUCCCCCCGCCAGCCUCUGGGAUCUCUGAACAGGCGAUCCCAAUGCUUCCGUUCAUGAUAUUCAUGACAUGCCUUUCCCCGUCUCCCCUCCUCAUCUCCUCCCCUUCCCUCCUCUCCCCCCCACUCUCUCCCCCCGCCAGCCUCUGGGAUCUCUGGGCGGGCGAUCCCAUUGCUUCCUUAGACAACAUUCGGUCAACUCUUUCUGAAAAGUGGCCCCUGCAAGUCCCUGUGAGUGUUCUCUUUCCCUUGGUGCGUCUGAAUCUCAGUUCAGGUGGAUUAUCUGACAGCCUGUGUCUAUUCCCCUCGCCCCCCCACCCCCCACCCACCCCCUCUUUGCCGGUUCCCACUUGUGUUACUUGUGUCAUGCCGCCUCCUUCCCUUUCUCCCUCCCCUCCUCCCUCAGUCUCUCCCUCUGAGGGGAGUGACUAUGCCCCCUCACCCACUCCCCUCACCCACUCCCCUCACCCACUCCCCUCUGCCUCUUUGCCCCUUCAUCUCUCUCUACUUGUCUCUACUCUCCCCCCUGCAUUGGCAUUUUCUCACCCUCUCGCUCUCGCUCUCUCUCCCCCACUGCCCAUACAGGUGGAUUAUCUGAUUUCCUGUGACUACUCCCCCUCGCCCACCCCGCGCCUACGCCUCUUUGCCGGUUCCCACCUGGGCCAUGCAGCCGCCUUCCCCAUCUCCCUCCCCCACACCGUCUCCAACCCAUCCCAACCUUCGGGACCCGUUACUGCUGCUGCGGCCGCUGCUCGUAAUGAUGACGAUGAUGCUAUGAUGUCAGAGGAUCCACUUGGCAGCAGAGUGAGCGUGCCACCUGGCAGCUGCCAGGUCAGCGGCCCGGACAUGCUGUUAUCAGGGGCUCACUCAGGGGUGGUGAGGGAUGUGGGGAGAGUGGCACUGCCACCAUCUCAUGCAGGGACAGCUGUUGCUUACUGGACAGGGGGGGAGGAUGGGUGCUUGUGCCAAUGGGAGGGGAUCGAGGGGCAGGAGGAGGGGGUGGAGGGCGAAGGGGUGAAGGGGAGGGCUCACUCAGGGGUGGUGAGGGAUGUGGGGAGAGUGGCACUGCCGGCACCUCACGCAGGGACGGCUGUUGCUUACUGGACAGGAGGCGAGGAUGGGUGCUUGCAAUACACUAGCUUGCACUACACAGACAUGCUGUUAUCAGGGGCUCAUUCAGGGGUGGUGAGGGAUGUGGGGAGAGUGGCACUCCCAGCAUCUCAUGCGGCUGUGUCUGGCGGAAUGGCUGUGGCGUUUUGGACAGGAGGGGAGGAUGGGUGCUUGUGCCAAUGGGAGGGGAUCGAGGGACAGGAGGAGGGGUUGGAGGAUGGAGGGGCGAAGGGGAGUAAGCGGAAGGGCAGGGCAAGGGGAAGGAUCGAUUCAAGCCGUACUAGUUUACUCCACACAUGUUUUUGA